UGUUUUUUAAUUAUUGGAAUAGUUUAAACAAGAUUAUCAAAGUAUUUCGUUCAUUGAUAGAUAAUUUCAGUCAGUAAAAAGUAUUGCGUGAAAUUCAUAAAGCAGCAAUGUAAAUUAUGUUAUAUAAUUUGAUAAAAUCGUUUGUUAAAUCAUUUAUAAUUAUAUUUAUUUUUGUGGAAUGUUUACCAAUUUUUCAGUUUGAAAGUAAUUUAAGUAAUACUGUAUUAAUACCUGAUAAACAAUCACUUCCCGCACAAAAGGAAAAUUUGCAUCGUACAGCGCAAAGAUCCGCUAUUACAAAUAACGAUAACGAUGAAGAGGGAAAAAGUGAACAAAGAGGUAGACUGAAUCGCCAAGGGCCAAAAAUAUGGGAUCAAUGGGGAAACUGGUCAAGCUGUAGUGUUACUUGUGGUAUAGGAAAAUUAACAAGAUGGAGACAUUGUAUAGGUGGAAGUUGUUUAUUAGGUGAAAAGAAAGCACAAUUAAGGACUUGUACCCUUGCAGCAUGUUGA